AUGAGUUCGCAGCAGCAGAAGCAGCCCUGUACUGAAGUUCCCCAACUGCAUCAGCAGCAGGUGAAACAGCCUUGCCAGCCUCCACCCCAGGAGCCAUGCGCCCCCAAAACCAAGGAGCCCUGCCACCCCAAGGCACCCGAGCCCUGCCCUUCCAAGGCUCCUGAGCCCUGCCACCCCAAGAUGCCUGAGCCCUGCCACCCCAAGGCACCUGAGCCCUGCCACCCCAAGGCACCUGAGCCCUGCCACCCCAAGAUGCCUGAGCCCUGCCACCCCAAGGUGCCUGAGCCCUGCCACCCCAAGAUGCCUGAGCCCUGCCACCCCAAGAUGCCUGAGCCCUGCCCUUCAACAGUCACUCCAGCACCAGCUCAGCAGAUGAAGCAAAAGUAA